AUGGCAGCUGCGGCGCAGCUAAAGGUGGAGCCUGUUCUGGCCCGCCCCUGGGUGCUUCUGCGCAAUGCCAUGGACACAACUCACAUGCCGUCCUGGCUUCAACGAGAUCAUCUCCAAUUCACUGAGAAGCUUUUCAGCAAAGGUAUUCAUGCAACUCCGGUUCUUGUGGCGCAGACGCUCUACAAGAUGAAGGGGCAAACUCCUCACGUUGCUUUCGUGGGCAGAUCCAAUGUUGGCAAGUCCACCCUUCUGAACAUGCUGCUGCAUCGUCGGCCUUCUCCUGUUCCUGAGCACUGGAGUAACAGCAGGAAGCUGCGCUUGCCAACCGCAGCGCCCGUAUCACACACGCCUGGAAGGACGCGGCAUUUGUUCCGGUUUGAGCUGGGCGGAGCCCUUACGUUGGUGGAUCUGCCAGGAUAUGGACACGCGGCGAAAACUCCAAAGGAGGUGAAGGAGAGCUGGAGAGACUUAAUCGAUGGAUACCUGACCAAUGCUGAUCACCUCCGCCUAGUGGUGUCCCUGGUGGACGGCAGAGUCGGCGUGAAGCGAUCAGAUGAGGAGUUGUGGGAGCUUUUGGAGGAGCGGGAAAGACAGCUCAUGGUGGUGCUCACCAAGGUUGACCAGUGCUCGCCGGAAGUGCUCAAUAGGACCAUGGCACAUGUUGUGUCUCUUCUGGAGAUGAAGAAGGCAACUUUUGUCUGGCCCUACGUGCAUGCAGUGAGUGGUCUGCAUGGCCACGGGGUGGACGAGCUAAGGGCAUCUGUUAGUUUAGUCGCCUCGGAUUAUGUCGCUCGAAAGCAGAGCAAGAAAAGGAAGCUCCUUCCCCAUCUCCUGAGCCAACCCGACCCUGCCAUCGGAUUUGAUGAUGCGACAGAUGGGGCUCGAGUCAUUGCGGUGUCGAGCACUGCACACCUGGGUGCCAACAAGGAGCUCAUGACAGGAGACCUCAUGGCACCUGAGCGCUACACCACGUGGGGUGCAUACUGCCAGUCGAAGCUCGCCAAUGUGCUCUUUGCGAAAGAGUUGGACCGCAAGUUCAAAAAGGCUGGGAUCAACGCGACGGCUGUGUCUUGCCAUCCGGGGGGUGUGGACACAGACCUGGCACGUUGGACAAUGACUGCAGAUGGCGACCCACAGAAGGCCAUGAGACUCCGCAAGGACAGCCCUGCAGCCGAUGCUUUCUUCAGCUUUGUCACCCGAUCUGUCAAGUUGGGUGCGAACACACAGGUCUUCUUGGCUGCUGGAGGAGAUGGCGGGUACAACAAGUCGGGAGGCGAGUACUUCGACAACAUGGCUCCAGGUUCCAAUUGUAGGUCGCUGGCACAGCCAUGCACUGGAUUUGCCUUGAUGCAAACAUUCAGGGCCAUGGCGGAGAAUGCGCAAGAGCAGCCAGAGCUGCAGAAUUUGCAGAGUGAGGAAAAUGAGGCAGCAGAAGCUCCGGCGGAAGCUCCAGAUGAAGCUCCGGCGGAAGAUCCAGCCGAAGCCCCGGCAGCUUCGGCCCAGAGCGAGCUUUCAGAGCUGCAGACUCCGCAAGCUCCAAGCUCCCAAGUCCAAGUACGGCCUCCGCCGCUCAAGAGGGCCCCGGCUCCACCGCGCAGCUUGCGAAAUCAGAAGAAUAAGGCGAGGAAAGCGAAAGAUGAGCCUCGACCCGUCUGGGACGACAGGCACCAUCUCAACUUCAACGACGACAAUUCCGAAAAGCCGAAGAGGCUGCGGAGCUACUUCAGCCGGCCACAGUCUUUGCCAGAGCUUCGCGCAGAUGUGGAGAAGAGGCCGAACGCGAAGUCAAUUCUCAAGAAGUUGGAGACGGAUGAAGGCACCGAAUGCCCCAAGUGCACGAACGUUUUCUUGAUGGACUCCCUCUACUGCCGGCGGUGUGGCACAAAGCGCGAACAGAUGCCCGCGCAGGCUGCAUCAUUUGUAUCUGCAGAUGCCGGGCCAGCAGUGUGUCCUCUUCGUCAUGCAGCAGGUGGCGAUAUGGCGGACCGUGAUGGGGCGCGAUGUCCCUGGAACAACCGGUGGCAAGCAGGGGUCCACAUCUUGAACGAGCAGAUGCAUCCGCUGCACCGCUCCUCUUUCGCGACGAAGAGCUUGUUUGAAACGGCACCUUCUCAGAGGUGGCGACGACACCUCGAUGUGCAGAACGAGUUCGGAUCUUGGCGCUCCAUGCUCACCUCAAAGGGUGAGAAGUUUCCACCACUUGGUGUAUGA